AUGAAGACCACCGCUGCUGCCCUCUUAGCGGCUGCUGGCUCCGCUGCCGCUGUUACCAUCUCCGAGAUCAACGGUAAUAAGUUUAUCUCGCCAUACAAUGGCACCAAGGUCACCGGUGUCGAGGGUCUCGUGACUGCUAUUGAGAAGAGCGGCAUCUUCCUCCGGUCUACGGAGCCGGAUCAGGACGACCGCACCUCCGAGGGCAUCUACGUUUUCAACAAGGCCAUCCGUGACAAGGUUACUGUUGGAGAUGUCAUUACCCUCGACGGCAAGGUUGAUGAGUACAGGAGCUCUGCUCUGUACUCUUACCUCACCGAGAUCACUUCACCUACCAAUGUGGUGGUCAAGUCAUCCAACCAUACUGUGAAGCCUCUAGUCCUUGGCGUUGACACCCUUUCUCCCCCAACUUCUGACUUCUCCUCUCUUGACGUGGGCGGCAUCUUUGGUGUACCCAACGACGUGAACCGCAUCUCUGUCGUCAACCCUGAGCUUGAGCCCACCAAGUACGGCCUUGAUUUCUGGGAGAGUCUUGUCGGGCAGCUUGUCACUCUCAAGGAUGUCGUCCAGGUCAGCCGUCCCAACCAGUAUGGCGAUGUCUGGGUCCGCGGUGGCUGGAAGGUUACUGGAAUUAAUGAGCACGGUGGUGUGACCAUGCUUGACGGAGAUUCCAACCCCGAGACUCUUGUCAUUGGCAGCCCUCUCGAUGGCUCCUCUAACCCUGAUGACACCAAGAUGGGUGAUACCAUCGGUGAUGUUACUGGCAUUGUCUACAAUGCAUUCGGCUUCUACAGAAUCCUUCCUCUGACUGCCAUCUCCCCAAUCAAGACUGCCAGCGCCGAUGCUCCCGGUGCCUCAUUUAAGUCCGAGGGCAACUGCCGUGGCAUCACAUUCGCCAACUACAACGCCCGUAACCUCGGACCCGAGUCCAAGACCAUCCCCGGCAUCACCUCGCAGAUCGUCGAUAAGAUGCUGUCCCCUGAUCUCAUCUUCCUCCAGGAGGUUCUCGACGGCUCCGGUGAGACUGAUGAUGGUGUUGUCUCCGGCGAGAAGACCCUCCAGGCUCUCGCUGCUUCCAUCGAGUCGGCUAGUGGAGUUGUCUACAACUACACCGAGGUUGUCCCCAUUGACAAGCAGGAUGGUGGUGUUCCCGGUGGAAACAUCCGACAGGCCUACCUCUACCGACCUGACAUUGUUGAGCUGUACCAGCCCAACCAGGGCACUGCCGGGGACGUUAACGAGGUCGUGGACGGCCCUGGUCUGAAAUACAACCCUGGCCGUAUCGACCCUGCUAAUGCUGCGUGGACCAACAGCCGCAAGCCUCUGGCUGCCGCUUGGAAGGCCGUCAAGGGUAGUGGGAAGCCAUUCUUCACUAUCAAUGUCCACCAAGCCAGCAAAAGCGGCGGCUCAUCCUCCGUUCACGGCGAUGCCCGCCCUCCCAUCAACUCUGCCGUUGACGCGCGCAUUGAGCAAGCCAAGAUCACUGCCGCCUUCAUUGCCCAGAUCCUCGAGAAGGAUGCCAACGCGGGCGUCAUCAUCGCCGGCGACUUCAACGAGUUCACCCAGGUCGAGCCCAUCCAGGUCUUCCUCGAGAAGUCCGGGAUGCUGGACAUUGAGGACAUCGUCGGCAUCCCCGCAGAGGAGCGCUACACCUACCUCUUCGAUAUGAACAGUCAGGCCCUGGACCAUGUCUUCAUCAGCCCCGGGCUCAAGAAGGAUGCCCAGUACGAGCACCUCCACCUCAACACGUGGCAGAACUACGACGACCAGGUCAGCGAUCACGACCCCAGCGUUGCCAAGCUCAACGUCUGCGGCUGCGGCUCCAAGAAGAAGCGGAGCCUCGCCCUGAACUAG